GGAUCCAGACUCGGUGAGAAGCGUGGAGGUGACGAGAAGAAAAAUUCAGGUAAGGUAGUAGUGAGUAGAAAAGAGGACACGGCGUACUCGUACGUGUAGGAGAGGCGGGUACGAUGUAGGUACCUACUGCAAAAAAAAAAAAAAAAAACCUUCUCCUCCUUCCCUCACCGUCCGACCGUGGUUUCCACCGUGGUCGCGGCCGAGGGGGGCGUCCCAAUAGCGGCAAAACGCUCUGUUUGGUGCCUUGUAGCAGCGCUUGCAUCUGAGAAAGAGCAGGGGAGAAAUGGAAGCCAUUGGAGCACGCUAGUCGUGUCCAAGUACCCUCCGUCCGCGAGUACUUUGGCCCUCGCUGAGCAUCUCCCGUGGGCCGAGCUGGCAUCGGCCAUCUCACUUGGUGAGCCCUGUCUAUCUCACCCACCAUCUGCUGGGGUGCAAGGCUGCUAGGCAAUACUUGGCACUAUCUGCUUGGGGCACGCCCCGCCAUCUGCACACCCCACCCCCUCGCGCCCACUCCCACUGGCUCCUUCCCUGUGGCCCUGCCCUUUCGCCCCAGCUGGGGCUCCCACUGCAACUGAGGCCAAGGGCUGGGGGGGCUCUGAAAUGCUGGGGCGCGAGGUACAACCGUCUGAGAGCCGACAAGUACCCCGUGCCCCCUUUCUGGCCGUCUCUGAGCCCUGGCGACGUGUCCCGUCCCUCUGCCCCCCUCGUCCUUCCAGCGCCCCAUCGCGCCAUCGAGCCACUGGACGGUGGCAUGCAGCGCUGUUGCACCCCCAAAUGUCGCUGCCUAAGCCCUGCGUGACGCCCCUGAUUUACCGCCCCGUGUAGCGACCGCAGCAUGUGCUUCGCGGUGGUGCGGUCGGGGUACUUGCCCACAAGUACCGCCCUCCCAGGUACAGCACGGUACGCACACCACGUACUCCCGCACUUGCCCUCCCUGGCGCCCAUGCUACGAAUCGAAGUACCGACCCGGCCGAGCCCGCCCUUAUUAAAGCGAUUGCCUCCCCCCCGUCCCCUCCUUCUCCCGGAGGAAAAAAAAAAAAAAGUUCGUUCUCCCUCGAUGAACGAAGAAAAAACAACCACCAGAACCACACUCACUCACACACCCUCACAUCGCAUCUCGAUCCUGCAACUACCGACGACAAGAGCCUCGCUCAUUUGACCAGAGAAGAAUCGUUAUCACCAGCGCUACCCACCGCCCAGCAGAUAUCUGUAUAGAUCAGCAGUCUCUCCUCCCCGCAAACGAGGACCACCGCAUACUAGCAGAGCCUGCUCCCGCCAAAAACCCACACUCGCUUCUCUGGGCUCUCUUGUAACCAAAGACCAAGUUGUCGCCUCAACGUCGCGUACUUGCUUUUUGACUGCCGCUCGAUCACAUGCAACGAGCACAGUCUGCCGUGGAUUUUUCCAACCUCCUGAAUCCAACGUCGGCAGCAGGACAGGACAGCGGCGCCAUGUCUACCGCCGCGGUCACCGUCAUCAAGCCCAAUGGGCCCAUUCCAGGAACACAGUCGACCGAGACUGCCAACGAGCUGCCUCGUCCCUACAAGUGCCCUCUUUGCGACAAGGCUUUCCACCGCCUGGAGCACCAGACCAGGCACAUUCGCACCCACACGGGCGAGAAGCCCCAUGCCUGCCAGUUCCCUGGCUGCAGCAAGAAGUUCUCCCGCUCCGAUGAGCUGACGAGGCACUCGAGGAUACACAGCAACCCCAACUCAAGGCGCGGCAACAAGGGCCAGCAGCAGCACCAGCUUCACCACCAGGGCAUGCCUCACCCCAUGCACGUCGAUGGCUUGAUGCACCCUCCCGCCGCGCCAAAGGCCAUCCGCUCUGCGCCCCCUUCGACCCUCGUCUCUCCCAACGUCUCGCCUCCGCACUCCUACUCGUCCUUUGUCAUGCCUCACGGUCCCAUUUCUCACUAUGGCCGUGGCAACGACAUUACGAUGCUUGCCAAGGCGGCAAAUCAGAUUGAGCGCGAGACGCUUUCUGGCGGGCCGUCCAACCACAACUCGAGGCACCACCCUUACUUUGGCCAGGGUGUUCCGGGUUCUCGAGGCCACCCCUCGCUUUCUUCGUACCACAUGGCGAGAGCUCACUCCAACGACGAGGAUGACCACUACCAUGGCAGCUUGAGGCACGCCAAGAGGUCAAGGCCCAACUCGCCCAACUCUACGGCUCCUUCUUCUCCCACCUUUUCGCACGACUCUCUGUCCCCCACCCCGGAUCACACUCCCAUCGCAACUCCCGCUCACUCCCCCCGUCUCCGUCCCUUUUCGGGCUACGAGCUGCCGAGUCUGAGAAACCUGUCCCUGCAGCACAAUACGACUCCGGCGCUGGCCCCCAUGGAGCCUCACCUGGACGCUCCGCAGUUCCACCCUCAGCUGCAGGCAAACACCACCCGCAGCCCCGGCAUGUCACUUACCGACAUCAUUAGCCGCCCCGACGGCAGUCAGAGGAAACUGCCUGUCCCUCAGGUCCCCAAGGUGGCGGUUCAGGACCUUCUCUCCGACGGCGUCUUCCCCAACAGCGGCAGAAGUUCCACCACGGGCAGUCUUGCCGGUGGCGACCUCAUGGAUCGGAUGUAGAAUGUCCGGUACUCAUGGCGCGCAUCGAAUGACUUACGACUUUGGGCUAUAGAUGGAUAGAAAGAGUUGGCGUUAAUGGUUUGGAAAUGGCAAGGGAAAUGGAUACGGAAAUGGAAAUGGACAGAGUCGUCCCCCGCAGGACUUGACACGGGCUAUUUUGGUUUCUCCUUCUUGUUCCUUUUUUCGUGUGCUUUUUUUAUUCAAUUUUUUUCUUCUUGUACGCUUGGAUGGACCCCUACACAAUAUGGAUGGCCCAGGAAAUAUAGACAUCACCACUUUCCCCAACGGACUAUUAUCUGCUGUUCCGUACAGCUUUGGUCCCAUGCUUUGUUGUUUUUGAGCCCUUCUACCUGGUACGACUACAGCGGAGGACUACUUAGAUUCAGCGGCUGCCUGUUGUACUUGCAACGCAAAACCAAAAGAGGCCAGCCAAAAGAGACCAUGAUACAAAGCAUGCACUCCCCGCUUAGUUUUG